GGAAAAAAAGUGUCUGUCAGUAAACCCAACAGCAUUAAAAGCAUGUUCAUGAAUAGCAGUGUGAAGAAACCUGCUGAGAAACAUGUGGAUUUGUCUCAAGAUGAUCUGCUGGGAGAUAUUCUGCAGGACCUGCACUCUGAGAAACCAGUUUUGCUCACUCCACCACCAGUCAUUACUUUGACACUGGGAUCCCCUAUGAAUCCAUUUUCUGUCAAACCACAGGUUCCAAAGAUUUUGAUGCACACCAAAGAAAUGGUGCAGAGGAUGAAUCUAGAGGUCAUAUACGGGGAUACCGACUCCAUCAUGAUCAACACCAACAGUACCAAUCUGGAGGAGGUCUUCAAACUGGGAAACAAGGUGAAAAGCGAGGUGAAUAAACUCUAUAAGCUUCUGGAGAUUGACAUUGAUGGCGUGUUUAAGUCCCUUCUGCUGCUAAAGAAGAAGAAAUACGCGGCACUGUUGGUUGAGCCUCAGGGAGACGGCAAAUACACCACCAAGCAAGAGCUCAAAGGUCUGGACAUUGUGCGCAGAGACUGGUGUGACCUGGCCAAAGAGUGUGGCAAUUAUGUGAUUGGUCAGAUUCUGUCAGACCAAAACCGUGACACUAUUGUAGAGAACAUUCAGAAGCAUCUGAUUGAGGUUGGAGAGAAGGUGGCCAAUGGCAGUGUUCCACUCAACAUGUUUGAGAUACACAAGUCACUGACGAAGGAUCCUCAGGACCACCCUGACAAGAAGAGUCUCCCCCACGUCCAACAGCUACAGAAAAACAGCCGGGACUCAGCCUGGACACACAGUAUUACCUGUCCCAGCAGGUGCACCCUGUGGUGGGCCGAAUCUGUGAGCCUAUUGAAGGCAUUGAUGCAGUGCUUAUUGCCACAUGGCUAGGGCUUGACCCAAGUCACUUUCGAGCUCAACAGCAGCAGCAACGUGAGGAUAAAGGGGACAACUUCCUGGGUGCUCCGGCCCAGCUCACUGAUGAAGAGCGCUACCGUGAUUGCGAGAGGUUUACUUUCACUUGCCCUGACUGUGGAACCGAAAACAUCUACGACAACGUGUUUGAAGGGGCGGGGAGCUCCUUACAGCCCAGCCUGAAGAAUUGCUGCCAUAUCCCUUGUCGGAGCAGCCCUGUUGAGCAUCCUAUCCAAAUUAGCAACAAACUGCUACUGGACAUUCGGCGCCACAUCAGGAGAUACUACAGUGGUUGGCUGCUGUGUGAGGAUCAGGCCUACCGGAACCGAACCCGUCGGCUGCCAAUUGCGUUCUCGAGGUCUGGAUCUGUCCAGCCUGUCUCAGAUCCACACUGAGGCCUGAGUAUUCAGAGAAAGCUCUCUACAACCAACUGAGCUUCUACAGAUACAUCUUCGACUGGGAGUACGCCGUCAACAAGGUCCUGUCAGGAGAGGAUAGAUGGAAAGGCAUGAGGGAUUAUAUGGAUGAGGUGUCCUUGGGAUCAAAAUUUUUUUAACAGUUUGGUGAUUUUUAAUGUCUCGUUUUCUUCUCAGUGAAAUUCAAGAUUGGCUGGAAAGAAGAAAAGGGUGUGUACAAAAUGCUGAAAGAUGUAAUGGACAACGUCCUCUCCACCAGCGGAUACUAUGAGGUCAACCUCGACAAACUUUUCCAGGCCUUUACAGUCCUCAAGUAUUGAACAACUGUCUGAAGCAAACCGGGGUGAUCAGAUAUGGCAUAAUAUUUAUGCCUUUCUGACUACCAAGAGAAGCCUUACUAUGUUAUGUUUUCAUCUUUUAAUUCCGGUCUGCUGUAAAUACACCUUGUGGUUUUGUAAUCUAUGUAUACUAGCUCACCUCACUGUGCCUUUGUAAAACCUGACAGCAUUUUUGAUCCUGAUGGCUUGGAUGUGAAUUAAGGUCAAAGGUGACGAGCUCACAGUCAGUCUGCAUGUAAUCACCGAACCUUUCCAUGUUUGAGCACCUGUCUCUCACUGUAAUCUGUGUUCUUGUGUCCCAUCCCAUUUAGCCUUUGUCCAGGUUUAAUCGAUGAUGAGUCUGUGGUAAAAUGGCCAUGAUAAGCGGCUAAAGACGCUCUCAACACAACCCAGCCCCCCACUCCCCGGGUAGCACCACACACACACACACAGGGUUUUUGAGAUCACAAUCAGGGGUAAUGACAGGCAAGUUCAUGGGGACUUGUAGCGGUGUGAAGGGGUCUUAGUUCAGUAAUGACUUCUCUACUGCCCCCUUCAUCUUUAACAGCACAGCAAUUAGCCAAUGAUACAGAGGUAGCCAGUGAUUUGUGGAGUUUCAAAUGAUUAAACUCAUGUCUGAACUGCUCUCAGCUGGCAUGUUGCAAAUGUAUUAGACAAAUUGCAUCAUGUGGUCUGAGACUGGCAGGUUGUGUUGCAUAUUUUGGACUUUUAUUGCUUUUAUAAAGGUGCCUCUAGAUUCUUAAUUGUUUUUGAUACUGAAACAUCAGUAAAAGUAUUUUUAUAUUCACCCAACCCCCACCUUUUUUGGUUAUUUUAUUUCAUCAUCCUGCAGGGAGUGAUGACAUUUACACAUUUGAAGAGGGCGAGUUAACUUCUCCAAAUGGAAGGCUCCAUUCUCAAGACCUGGAGAAUAGCAAGCCAAGAGUGUGUGAAAGCGAGGAGAUUAGUCCACUUAAAUCGAGUUGGGUUUAAGAAUGUGGUGCUUCACUCGCUCAUUCCAUGUGUUUAUAAUGACAGUUAGACGAUGUCUUAAACCAUUUCAUCAGAUGUCAAUUUCCAUAAAUGCCAUGCUUGGAAAAAAAAUUGACUUAAACGGCUGCGACUAAUGGCACCGACCUUGGAGAGUGCAGCAACACUUAAGAGCUACUUUCUGUCCACAGCAUGACAGACGGCAUUUUGCGCAUUGUAGGCCUUUGCUGCUGAUGUAUUAAACAUAUAUCAGCCCAUAUAUACAUUUAGCUUAAUGUGUGCUUCGGAACGAUACUUAACAAAUGCAGGUAGUUCCUGAAACUCAUGUCAAACUUUUAUAAGAUUAAGUCGUCACAUGAUGUGGGGCUUUCAAUGGGACAUUCCUUUAACCGUGAACGCGCUUUUGUCAUGCCCGCGGAGGCUGUUUUCAAACUGGGCCACUCAAUGCAGACAAGGCUUUGCAUUAAUUUACCUCACUAAGUUAAUAAGAAUGAUUCGUUUUUGUUAUGCUAAGCUUUAUUGCCUGUCUUUUUGACCAGAAUGGUGGUGUUGAGCAAAGCGGUGGACAAGGUUCUCUUUGAUGAGGGAAUUAGUGCCCUAUUCUUUCUCUAUUAUUCAUGGCAUCGUGGAAUAUGUAAGUACCCGUGGGUGUCAAAAGGAAAGCCGGCCCUAUUGCAAAGUGCUCCUCUUGUUUCCCUGAAUAGCAGGCUAUGAGAUGAUAAACCGCUUAAUACACUGGACUAAUUGGAUGAGGGUAAAAGAGACGAAGGAAUUAAGGCACACCAAAAGGGGACGAGGUUCCAGUGGCCCGCCAUUCAGCCCUUUUCACUGUGAUUUCUUACUCAACUGCUCCAAUUGGAGACGAAAGGCUCAUCAAAGCGCCUUUAGUGCUUUCACCUAACCUCGGUGUCUCGAGCUGUGUCGGGAUGGAAAUGGCGUGAUUAUUCGCUGGUUGUUGAAGCACAACCCAGUGAGCUAAAAUCAAGGAAAUGCAUGUGAAAUUUGACCAUGCAUGUAUGAACUGUCAAAGUACACUUCAUUUGUAAUGUUGUAGUUUGCAUAUAGGUGGGGCUUUUCUUAAAAAAAGAAAAAUGCUGUUGUGUUCUUUAUGAACAUGUAAAUGGCUUUUAAAAAAAGUUACCAUUAAACAAUUCUAUAAAGAUACCAUUUUGCCUUCCCCUCAGCUGUUUCUCUCUAUUAGUAUAGCAAAUUUGCACAUUUUGAUUUUGUGAGAAAUAUAUCUAUUAUAUAUCCUUUUAUUUAUUUUUGCUGUUGUAUUGACCAUUAAAAAAAAAAAAAAAACAAGGACUAGGUUUUGUCAGUACACUCUUAAAUAUGGAACCCUGCUCCCAAGAGUUUGUACAGUAAACUAUUUGAAGAUUAA